AUCCUUCUGCCUGUGUGACAUUAAGCAGUGACGCCACGCUCUUGCCACAGAACCUCAUGCACCACUUUUUCCAACGCGUAGCGCGCGACCCUCUUUCGGACUUUACGCGCAUUUUCUUUCUCUUAUCGGCCCAGCAACCUCUACCAAUUUGCUCGCUGGGGUUCACUCUACCUAUGAAAACGCUGCACUGCCAUUUUUGAGGUAUUCUAUAUACAGUCACGAAUGCAUUGCACCUCCCGUGCCAUCCUUUGAUCUGGCCAUGCCUCCCAUCAGGGUCAAAGUACCUGAAUAUCCGAGGCCGGUAUCCCCAGUCUGCGUCGACGAGAUCCCAAUCUGUGCAGACACGAUAGUAUACCAUGAUGGGGGAAGCAAUCAGGACCGAGACACGGAGGAGAGAGCGGCUAAGAGACGACGGAUUGGGGCCUAUGCAACAUCAUACCUGCGUGGCGAAGCACUGUUCAUUUCAACGGCGCAGCUGAAUGGUCCGUUCAAGGAUGGGUGGCAGAACCCAUGGGCUAGGAGGAAGGCAGUUGAGGUUGGAUCAGACCGAGCUGCGACCAGCCCUCUCCAAGAGGAUAUCAAACACAAACAGCCAGAGUCUCGAAGGUGUUCAAUGUCCGCGCGAGCGCACCCUAUGCAGACCAAGAUUUCCCUGGAACAAGAAAGUUCACAGCAGCCGGUGAAAAGAGCAGAAAGCCUCGACGAGAUACGCUUUUGGAGGAAGAAGGACCACGACUUGCCCCGGUCCAUUGAAGAGGAGCAUGGCAAAACGCGACAGGUGGAGGACUGGCUCAGAAGAAACAGCUCUUACGAUCAGCCGGAGCACCAAAUGCCGCCACAGCAAUCGUUCUCGUCAAUGUCUUCUCCUACAUACAAGUAUUCGCAGAAACGGGGAAGAACGAAGAAAUGGGAAGCUUCUCCAAUCCACAUUGAAUUUCCUCCAGUUGCGGACGCUGUUGUUGACAUGUUGACAUCGAAGCAUGUUGGAGACCUCAGUAUGGCUGCUCACGAUCAAUAUACGCAGCAGCUACCGCCAGCCCGAGAACCGCAACACCUAUCCCGAAUGAGUGAAGUGUUGCCUAAUACUGACUCAGAACGGCAAGACAUGUUUCAUCUUCCUCACGACAUGGAUGAACCGGUAAAACGUGGCCGUGUGAAGGACGAUGGAGAUAUGCAAGUAUGUCGGCAAGCUCCCAGCGCGGCUGCGGACGUUACCGAGUUGAAGACUUCACAUAUCGUCGAUGAUACUUCUCCCCAGCCCGACAACCAGUUGCUACCACUUCACCCGACGUCGGUAGAUCACGUUGAAUUGGAGCAAAGGCCUCGUGUCCUUACAGAAGAGUGCCACCAGCAGCUCGAAUCCAACUUAACUUCUGCCUCUCUUCAUACUGCACCUGAAAGGUCAACAGUCAACCAGCACGAUUCUGGACCUCCCUCACUGUCGGGAGAGGCGUCCAGAGCAAGCAUUCUACACACCCUACCCUCUGCGCAGGUCCAAAUGCAACCCACCUUAAAUUUGGCACCCUUAUACCUAUCGAGCAACGGUCUCCUGUUGCAAGAGCAUUCAGAUCAGCCUGUACUGGACUUGGGACUAAAAAAUGACGAUCACUCAACUACGAAAGUGGCACAGGAAAAUGCAGUGUAUUCCGCUGAUCAGCCUGCUCCUUUUCGAAACGAGCCCGUCACUGUUGCCGCAGUCGACGAAGCUGAGCCACCAAGGGUGGCCGAGCCAGCUAUAAAUAACGAGGAGCAAGUCCUCCGGAAUGAUCCGUCUUCAGCCUCGCCUGUCAAGGCUCCCAGCACUAAAUGUCCAACCGCAAAGUCUGACAAAGACUCUUCUCCAAAGAAGCUUUUGAAACGGAAGAAGAGAGCAGCUUUCAAUACGGACGAGGCGUCCUCCGGAUCCUCACAAGGUUCUAUCAAGAUGGCCAUGAAAGUCGCCAAACCCUCGAUACUGAACCAAGACCGGGUCAAACGUCUGAAGAUAGACUUGGCGGCUGACACAGGAGCAGAUGCUGAAGAGCAUCUAUUACAAUCAUCGCCGGUCCAUAGAGGUGGUUUCUCGAAGUUGCUGCAAGGUUCAUCUUGCCCAAAAGGCAUUCUCAGGUCAACCCUCACCAAUUCUGCCGCACCUAUGCUCUCGACAGCCCAUGACACUUCAGCGUCGAUGAAACAAGAUGCCCAGCGGCCUAUGAAGCUUAGCGAAAUCGAAAAUGGUCAUGAAUCACUCAGGGAGGAUGAUUUUGAUCCGGAUGCGGUCAUGGACGAUUUGGGCAGUUUCUUGAGGACAUGGGAUUCGGAGAAAGAAGCGGCUGGGUUGUAAGAUAUGGCAGCUUGGAGUAUGACAGGGGUGCUCUUAGCGGGCACGUCAAGUCGCAUACGCAAUUGAUCAUAUAUAACAAGUGCUGUGAUAUUUUCAAGAGCUUUGGCUACAGCCAAGAGCUUGAUUUCAGGAGAGUUGGGGUGAAUCGGAUCAUGAAGUUCAUGGAUGGUUAUGCUGCAGCCUUGCUUACAUGAUCAUGCCGGAAUCUCGGGCUACUCGGAGCGCGGGCCUAGGCAAUAGGCCUUCUAAGGGACUCUAUUGAUCCCACCUGUAUCGCGCCAU